AUGUCCGACGCGGCCGUGGACACCAGCUCCGAGAUCACCACCAAGGACUUAAAAGAAAAAAAGAAAAUGGUGGAGGAGGCAGAAAAUGGGAAAGACGCCCCCGCCAACGGCAACGCCAACGAGGUAAAAAUGGGCAAGAGGCCCAAACCUGUAAAAAGUGAGCUAGACGAGGAAGAGGAGCAGAGAAAAAGGCACUCGGAAAAGAACAAAGCGGCGGCAGCCCGGAAGAAGGAGCGCAAAGAGUCCCUGCAGCGGGAGUCCGAGCGACUGGAGCUCAGAAACGCGGAGCUGAAGACGCAGAUCAGGGAGCUGGAGCAGGAGCGGCAGCAGCUGAUCCUCAUGCUGACCCGGCGCCGCCCCACCUGCAUCGUCCGCACCGACAGCGUCUCUGGCUGUGCGGCUGGGCACAGGGGACUGCCUCUUGGGCCUAAUAUUAAUGGCUGUGGUGCAUCAUAUUAA